UCCAAAACAAGAUCUUCUCUCAUCAUGACUCAGAGUGUUUUUCCCCUCCCCGGAGUGCAGCACGGAAAGCGCAUCAUCCCUGCUGUGAUCGAGGCGCGGGCAAGAAAGGAGAAUGACACUCCCUGGGUCUCACUCCCCAUUAACGAGGACGAUCUGUCUCUUGGCUUCAAAGACAUUUCUUUCAAAGCCCUGAACAAUGCAGCCAACCACGCCGCCCACUGGCUAAGGCAGAAUCUCCCGGAUGCGUCUGAGCCAUUCCCGACAUUCGCCUACACUGGCCCCAAGGACAUCCGCUACCCGAUCCUUGCGGUGGCAGCGGCGAAACUGCAGAAAGUGCUUGUACUCCCUUCGCCGUUGGUAACGGCAGAAGCGCAACUCCGAAUUCUGGAACAGGCGAGCUGCACGGUGUAUGUGCGGCCAUUGGCUAUGAAAGCCCAGAUUGAUGCGAUUCUACAAAAUGCCCCUCAUGUGCAAGCUAUCAAUCUUCCGGAUCUUGAGGAGUUCCUCAAGGAGGAAGAAGCAGAGCCAGUAACCUAUAGUAAGACAUGGGACGAAGGAAAAGAUGACCCGUGGCUGGCGUUCCACACCUCCGGCACAACAGGAAACCCCAAGCCGGUGGUAUAUACCCACCGCAUGUUGGCCGCAAUCGACAUGAUCGCCGCGUCCCCCAACAUCAAGCAGAGCAUGAUCCACCACGCCGCCCUGCACAGACUCUUCACACCGAUCCCUUCACUCCACGUCACCGGCAUGAUGCUCAUCCUCGCCACAACCACAUACGUCCACACGACCGCAGUGCUCGGGCCAUCCGCCCCCUUAACCCCAGCGACCGUCGUCUCCGUCUUCAAGAAUACCAAAGUAGACGUUACUCUUCUACCCCCUGCCCUCAUCGACGGUCUCUGCGCGAGCGAAGACGGCCUCGCCGCCCUCCGCCAACUCGACUUGAUCAUGUACACCGGCGCCCCGCUGGCAGCCAAAUCCGCCGCCCUCCUGAUCCCGCAGGUCAGCCUCGUCAACGGCGUCGGCAGCACAGAAGCGGGCGGGUACUUCGCGACGAUGCACGAGCACCGCGACGCGUGGGACUACCUGUGCUUCACGCAGCAAGCGGGCGCCACGUUCGAGCCGCGGACCGCCGACGGCCUGCACGAGCUCGUCUUCGUGCGCCCCACCACAACGCCAGAUACGGAUGCCGACCCCGACUUCCUUCCCCAGAUCUUCCAGGUAUAUCCCGAGCUGGACCGCUACGAGACGAAGGACCUCUGGCGCCAGCACCCCGUGUACAAGGACCUGUGGACGAUCGUCGGCCGCACGGACGACUACGUCCCUCUGUCGCAUAGCGAUGGGCUGCAUGCUUCGUCGCUGGAACCGGAGAUUACGGCUCAUCCGGCGAUCAAGACGGCCUUGAUCGGUGGGCAUGGCCGUGCGAAGCCUGCGUUGGUGUUGGAGCUUGUUCCUGGCACCGACGGGUUUGAGGUGGAGAGUCUCAGGCCGUAUGUUGAGAAGAUGAAUCAGCGGUGCCAUGAGUGUGUUAGACUGGAUAUGAACAGGAUCAUUGUCGCGAGCGACGAGAAGCCGUUCGUGUACACGGUCAAAGGGAGUGUAGCCCGCAUGCAGACUUUGAGGCUCUAUGAUCCGGAGAUUGAUGCGCUGGAGGCGUAGGCUCUCUUGUAGCCGUUUUGGGGUGUGAAUGGGUUCUGAUAUGUCAUGUGUUGGUGGAGGAUGUAGGUACUGUACAUAGAUACUAGUCUGCCAUUUCCACAAGCUCUACAGCACUACACAGAGGAUGAAUAGAAGUCGGUUUUUCUUGGAG